AUGGCUUCCUCCUCUCCGCCGCACCAACCACCUCCUUUCUCCGACUACCUCGACCCUCCUCUAGGCAUCCCUCUCCUCCUCCCCGCACCACCACCCCCACCUCCUUCCCGCCGCCUUCCUCCGCCGUGUUGGACCCCAGAUGAAACCUCCGCUCUCAUCGACGCUUACCGUGAUAAAUGGUACUCUCUCCGCCGUGGUAACCUCCGUGCUGCUCACUGGCAAGAUGUUGCCGACACUAUUCACCGUCUUUGCCCCCAUGUUUCUCCCCCCAAAACCUCUGUUCAAUGUCGUCAUAAAAUGGAGAAGCUCAGGAAACGUUAUCGUUCUGAGCUUCAAAGAGCUAAGUCUAUUCCUCAUCAUCGGUUCUCUUCUUCUUGGAUUUACUUCUCUAAAAUGGAUUCCAUGGAAAAGGGUAUUUCUGGUUCUGGGAAUGGUGGAUUCAAUGGUGGAUUUCAGGAAAAUUCUAACCCUAACCCUAACCCUAGGUUUGGAUUUAAUUCGUCAAUUCAGUCUAGGUGUAAUGAAUUUGGGUCGCCUCCUAAUCAAUUUGGAGCGAGGUAUUUGGGUGGGUCUUCGUCUGGGAAUGGAUUGGGGGUGAUGAAGAUGAUCAAGAAGAAGAGGAGUGCGUUGGGGAAGAAAGAGGGGAGACGAGAGGCAGGGGAUAAUGUGGCGAUGGCAAUGGUGGAGGCGAUUCGAAUGUUGGGAGAAGGGUAUGUUAGGACUGAGAUGACCAAGAUGGAGAUGAUGAGAGACUCGGAGAAGGCGAGGAUGGAGAUUGAGAUGAAUCGAACUCGGAUGAUGCUUGAGUAUCACCAAAGCAUUGUUGACACUUUUGUUAGAGGAAUGUCUGAUCACAUUGUUGACAAUGAUGAUGAUGACGACGAUGAUGACAGGAACAACGAUGGAGGCGCCUCGCCUCUUGGAUUUCUUGCUAGUUUGUCUUUUGGAGAAACUUUGUGUAGCUUUGCAUCAUUUUAUGUUACUGAUUGCUCCAGUGUUGUUUCUGCUCCUGUAUUGGACGAUUUGGAUCUAGAGUGGCUUAUGCUAGCAAUUUGA